AUAAGUGCCUCAUACACCAUUGCUCCUCCUUGCGGUACAACUAACUCCUCACUCUGGGCAGAGACGGGGAAAUCUUGGAAGACAUUGUAUCCUAUCAGGCCCUCCCCAUGGCUUUAGAGACAGCCUGCCGCCCCUCCAGAAGGAGACCCUGCAAGAUGCAAGCCUUCAGAAUCUGGGAUGUCAACCAGAAGACUUUCUACCUGAGGAAUAACCAACUUGUUGCUGGAUAUUUGCAAGAACCAAACAUUGAACUAGAAGAGAAAAUAGAUGUGGUGCCUAUAGAGUCUCAUGCUGUGUUCCUGGGGAUCCAUGGAGGGAAGCUAUGGCUAGCGUGUGUCAAGUCUGGUGAUGAAAUCAAGCUCCAGUUGGAGGCAGCUGACAUCACUGACUUGAGCAAGAACAAAGAGCAGAACAAGCGUUUCACCUUCAUCCGUUCAGACAAUGGUUCUACAACCAGUUUUGAGUCAGCUGCCUCUCCAGGGUGGUACCUUUGCACCUCACUGGAGGCUGACAGGCCUGUCAGCCUCACCAACACACCUGAGGAGCCUGUCAAGGUCACCAAGUUUUACUUUCAACAAGACUAGGAGUACAGCCACACCCCUGCUCCACUGCCUGUUCAUCUAUGACUCUAUAGACUGCCUCUCCAUCCAGCCCAAUGCUCACUCACGGAGCUCUGAGGAGCAAGCUUGGUGGUGUGGACCUUCAGAAGAAGGCAUAAGAGUCCUGGAAACAGGACUCUCUCCAGCCUCCUCAGCUAACCCUUCCUCUAUGCUGCCUCCACUGUGAUCUUUCUGAAUCAUGGUGCUACUCAAAGUCCUGUACCUUCAGGACUAAAUCCAGGCCACCUGGUCAGUCUGGACACCCUCUCUUUUCCUGUAUUCCCUACUCCUUCUCUUCUCUAACUUAGUGUCCAAACCUCAGAUCCCACUACCACUGAUCAACUUCCUAGACAUUCCAAUAACUUGUUUAACAAAUUGAGGCUACUCCAUGAAGGAGAUUCUGUGGCAAAGUGGAAAAAUAAGGGUUUCACUAUAUUUUUUAAAAGCAAGCCAAAACUUUAUAGAAUUUGAAAAAGAGCCACUUAUAGGGAGAUUAUGUCCUUUUUGGAAAGAGGUAGAGAAUGAAAAUGAGUCUAGAUUUUUGAAAUGGUGAUGAAAGUCAUUUUAAAACAAAAGUUGGGUACUAUGUUGGUCCUCUAAUUUUAUUUUCUGUUAUUUUUUUUAUACCAGGGUUUUUUCACUGGGGCUUCAUACCCUCACAGUUCCAUAUGCUCCUGGCAGACUCUUGUCCUUUUUUUCUUCUUCUUUUUUAAAAUCUCAUUUUUUUUUUCAUUUCUUUCUUUUAUUUUGUAUAGAGGAGAAGAGGUCAGAAGGAGAGAAAAAGAGUAGAGACCCCAUAACACCUUUGUAUGGUGCUCCUAUGUGACUAUCAGAGGCUCAAACAUGGGUACUUUUUCACAUGGUAAUGUGUACAUUCUACAGGGUGAGCCACCUCAUGGCCCAUGGCCCCCUCCUCCCCCCUUUUUUAAUCAUCCAGAAGCAUUCCUGCAGUUUGACCAGGAUACCCAGACCCCACACACCAUGUCCACUCCAGCACCAUUGUAAUUGCUGGCAGUACUCUCAGCUGCCUGAGACUCCAGUCAAGUGGCCCCGGCUCCUACUGCAUAGAUGUAGCUGUUCCAGAAUUCUUUCUUCAUUUCCUGGGAGAGAUGAAGUACUUCUUGACAGUUUUUGUACUUAUAUCUUGGAUAAUGCCUUUGCCUCUAUUUUUCUCCAUCUCAGACCCCCAGCUGGCAAAAGCAGGAAAUCUAGGGUCCCUGUAUGGGCUAGGAGACAGCCUGCCUGGUCCCUAGCAGGUGCACAAUUGAUACUCAUUGUUUAUGUUGAAUGGAAAGUUUCCUACUUUCUGCGACUUAUACCCUGUUUUACAAUAAAACCUUGAAAACUUAA